UUGCUAUAAACUUGAACAAAUAUUGCAGGGACUCCUGUGGACUUUGAAGUGGGUCGAUUUUACCAGAUUAAUCAUUCAUACCUUCCACCAAAUUGCCCAGUUCAAAUAAAAUGUGUGAACCUUGUAAUGGUCAGUGACAAAGGGGAGCAAAAAGUAUCUCUAAGGUAUCCAAGCCUCAAAUCUCUUAGCACUCACUUUAACGAUCAAAGCUUUGGAAAGCCAGAGGGGAAGAAAAUCCCUACACUUGACGAGAAAUACGUGAUGGGAAUCGAAUUUGCAAUCAAAACACUUUGUAGAAGCAUCUCAGCUAAUGAAUUUGCAGAGAAAGGAAACUCAUGGAGCUUCUGGGCCUCUCCUCCUAAGAGCCCAGUUAUCAAUGAUGCUGCUACUAGUUUGGUUCCCAAGCAGGGUUCAUGUUUGUCUGAGAUCAAGUUCUCUGGUAUGAUGCAGUGGGGCCAACGCCGGCAAGUUCGGUUCUUGGGCCGUCAUGAGGAGCAAAAGGUUGAACCUUUACCUGUGAUUCAGAAGGAAAAAGGUGUCAUUUUUAAGGCCAGAGUAGGGACUAUUGUGAAGAAGAGAAAGAACAUUGAAAAAGAAGAAAUGGAAGAAGUUGUGAAGGUAGCUCCUUUUGAGGUACAGAGGGUGACUCGUCAAUGCAACAAAAAUCAACAAGGUGUAAGUAGUAGCAGCGUGGCCAAAAAGUCUAAGAAAAAUCACCAAGGUGUGAGUAGUGGCAGUGGGGAUAAAAAGUCUGAGAAAGCAGUGAAUGACACCAAGAAGCAGGAACUUGUGGUUUAUAGAAGAAACAAGCCAAAAAUAUGGAUUGAUAGAUGGGCUGCUGAGAGGUAUAAGUUAGCAGAGGAGAACAUGUUGAAGGUUAUGAAGGAAAAAGGAGCUGUGUAUGGAAACUCAAUAAUGAGGCAAGAGCUGAGAUCAGAAGCACGAAAGUAUAUUGGUGACACAGGUUUACUUGAUCAUUUGCUGAAACACAUGGCUGGAAAAGUGGCACCAGGAGGAGUUGAAAGAUUCAGACGGAAACACAAUGCCGAAGGUUCAAUGGAAUACUGGUUAGAGAGUGCUGAUCUUGCUGAUAUUAGAAAGGAAUUGGGUGUUCAAGAUCCUUACUGGACUCCUCCCCCUGGUUGGAAGCCUGGUGACAGCAUUUCACCAGAAAAUGUUACUAGUCAUGAACUCAGAGAGAUAAAGGAGGAAAUAAUUAAGUUGAAAAGAGAAAUGAGGGAGCUCACAUCAAAAAGAGAAGAGGAAGCAUUGGCUCUUGUGACUACUCCUAGUUCUUGUAUGUCAAGUUUGAAUUUUGAGGACUAUGGUUCCCAGGUUUCUAAGCAGGAUAUUUAUUUGGAGCUGGUUCAUAAAAAGGCUAAAAUUGAAGAACAGCUAAAAGAAAUUUCUUUGGCAUUGAAUGGCAUGGAGGAUCAAAUGGGAAUGCUGAAACCAACACUAGUAGAAGAACCACAAAUGUCAGAAUCAUUAACACCACCAGUGUUAUUGCUUGGACCAACAUCAUUGACAGAAAACAUUGGAGAAGAGAAAGGUAAUAAUGUCAAAAAAACAAAAUCAGCAGACACACAAAUGGUAGUAGGAAGCAGAGCAGCAGAGGACAAAGCAGCAAAGAUAGAAAGGCUGAAAAGUGGUUUCCAAAUUUGCAAACCAAGAGGGACCUUUAUGUGGCCAAACAUGAGCUUGUCUCCACAUGUUGUAACCAACCUUGAUGAACAUACUGUGGUCCCAACCCCAACCUCAGCUUCCUCAUCUACCACCUCAGCACCCAAGCUUGUCUCAAAUUCCAACACUCAUAACUUGUCAUUGUCCAUACCUAUUCCAUCUUCUCCUGUUAAGCCAUUAGCAGAGAGGCGCCCUGUGAGCACAACUACUUUGACACAUGUCACUGGACCCUUUUCCCCUCAUCUUUCUCCUCCACUAGAGACCACAAAAACCACAAUCACUACCUCCAUCACCAAGAAUGGUUCAUUUAUUAACCUUAAUGAAGCUCCUUUUGGCCAAGAGUAAUGCUGCUAAGUCCUGCUGCAUACAUAUAUACUUAUAUAGUUAUAUAUAUUUGAAAGAAGCCACAUCAUUUUGAGACUCUGUUGGUAAUAGUAGAUUGAGCCAACUUAUAGGCAGUGUGGCAACUAUUUUUACUUAUUUGACAUUUAAUGAUUGAAGUUAUAUUACAAUUAUGUUGCAAAUGAGAUUGCAAAUUGAAUGUUAACAUUAAACUAGCCAAUUGCUAAUAUAAUUGCUAAUAUUAUGUUGCAAACUUCAUAUGCCUGGAUGUCAUUUAUGAUCAGCUGCUGUCCAUUGGUGUAAUGUUCUAACAUCCUCCAAGUGGAGAUUCUAGAAAGGUGCAAAAUUUGUGCAGUCAGGCAGGAUUUUUUUCU